UUACUUUGAACUUAAAACACUAUUUGAAAUAAUUUUUAACUAAUAACUAAAUAAUAAAAUCAUUUUACAAAAUGGAAAUCAGUGAGUCAUCUCUAAGUGUUAUUUAUCUGAGCAGAGCCUUAGCAUUGGCUCCCGUUUCUGUUAAGACGAACGAGGAAGGCGUAUUGACAAUAAAACGUAGCAAAGUGUUAACCAUCUACUCAAUCAUUUUGUGUCUAACACUAGUUACAUUAGUCGGGACUGGAUUCAAGGAUUAUAGCAAGGUUAAAUUUUGCGUGAAUUCUUCAACGCUACAAGUGGUCACUGCCUUGGAUGUGAGCAUGGUGGCGCUGACAUGUAUUGCUGGUAUCAGUUGCGGUCUUUGCAGUGUGAAGCCUACACAACAGCUCAAUAUGCGUUUAAGGAAGCUAGACGAAACUCUGCACUUCUUUGUGAAUUUCGAAAAUGAUCGCUUUAUAUCUAGAAUAUUGGCCAUAAGCACAUCAAUAAUGUUCGGAGCAAUCAUAAGUUUCGAUUAUUAUGUGUGGAUGCUGAUUGGGUCACAACAUUUUCUUGCAGCCACUUUUAAUUGGUAUAUACCAUUUUAUGGCAUUUAUUUAGUGCUGAUUGGAAGUCACAUUUUGUAUGCCAAUAACGCUCUAGGGCUUGGUAGACGUUUUCGCCGUUUGAAUAAGAUAUUGAAAUACCAUUUCUUGUUGGACGAAAAACGCUUGAGGAAGACUUGGGUUAAUAAUUUAUCAUCUGAUGAAGAACAUUUAUCACACCAUGAAUUUGAUCGCCUGAGAAAUCAACAUUCCAAACCUAGAGUUGAGCUGUUAAAAUUACUGGCCGACAAUUACGAAUCGUUGUAUAAGUGUGUAGAAAUAUUUUCCAA